AGAGAAAAGGGAAGAAUUUAAUAAAACACGUGUCGCUGCCUCUCCUCCUCCUCCUCCGCAUCGCCGGGGUUCCCUCUUUCUCCCCUGUGAAAACUCUGCAUUUAUCAAUCUUCCUUUUUCUUCUUCUUCUUCAGAUUCCCAAACCCCUAUACUCUCUCUCUCUCUCUCUCUAGUCGUUUUUCUCACUGUAAAAAUCAUCCAUCAAGUCAACCAAAUCUACACCAAAGUUUGAAACUUUCAAUUUGUUUUUUUUUUGUUUUUUUGUUUCUAAAGAAACUUAAUUGUAAAAAUCAUACUCUUUUGCUCUGUUUCGCCAUGAUCAAUAUAAGUCGAAUUCAAAACAGAGGAAACCUCUGACUUUUCCUGGAAAGUUCGUUUCUUUUUACCCCCAAAUUGCGUCUAUCUCCAGAGAUUCAAAAAGGGUUUAUUAAUGGGGGCGGUGACGUCAUCAAUGGCUGCAAAGUUUGCGUUUUUCCCGCCAAACCCGCCGUCGUACGGUGUCGAGGUAGCAGAGGAGACUGGGAAGCUGAGGCUAACGGGUGUAGAGAACGUGAAGGAGAACGUAGAAGUGCUGAAGCUCAAGACGAAGAGAGGGAAUCAGGUGGUUGCGGCGUAUAUUAAGAACCCUAAAGCCUCGCUCACGCUUCUCUAUUCACACGGCAACGCCGCUGAUCUCGGCCAGUUGUUCGAGCUCUUCUCCGAGCUCAGCCUCCAUCUCCGCGUCAACUUGAUUGGGUAUGACUAUUCAGGUUACGGAAGGUCUUCAGGGAAGCCUAGUGAGCAGAACACGUACCACGAUAUAGAAGCAGUGUAUAGAUGCUUGGAAGAGCAGUAUGGUGUCAAGGAACAAGACGUUAUUUUAUAUGGACAAUCAGUAGGAAGCGGACCGACUUUAGAGUUAGCUUCUCGGUUACCAAACCUCAGAGCUGUUGUGCUCCACAGUGCUAUUGCUUCCGGUCUUAGAGUCAUGUACCCUGUCAAACGAACUUACUGGUUUGACAUUUAUAAGAACAUUGAUAAGAUAUCUCUUGUCAAAUGUCCGGUUCUGGUAGUUCACGGAACAUCAGAUGAUGUUGUGAAUUGGUCUCAUGGGAAGCAACUAUUCGAUCUUUGUAAGGAGAAGUAUGAACCGCUUUGGAUCAAAGGAGGAAACCACUGCGACUUGGAGCUAUACCCUCAGUACAUAAAGCAUCUAAAGAAGUUUGUAUCAGCGGUUGAGAAGUCACCUCAUAUUCAAAGUGGAACUGUGCCACAGACAGAGAAGGCGAGGAGCAGUACAGAUGUUAGAGAAUCUUCAAGGCCAAGCAUAGAUCAAAGAGAGAAGUCAAGAACGAGUACUGAUCAAAGAGAGAUGCCUAAGCUGAGUAGCACAGAGAGUAAGGAUAUAGCGAGAGCUAGCGUUGAUAAGAGAGAAAGAACGAGAAAAAGUGUUGAUGGGUCUGAAAAACCAAGUUAUGCUACAGAACAACAGAUACAACCAGAGAAAGGGAGAAAAAGUAUUGACAGGUUUGGGGGGAUGAUAAGAUCAGUAGGGUUAUGCAACAUAGAUUGUUUCAAGCCUACAGCAACAGCUAAAUGAAUUGGUAGAAGAGACAUAAACUGAUGAACAUACACAUGCAUCCAAAACAUGUAAUUUUAAUUGUUUGAUAUUUGGUUUGUUCUCUUUUAACACUUAGUCCCCUUGUGUUUUUGAAUUAAACAAGUCACAUGUGAAUGAUUGAUGGAUCUACUGAAUACAAAUAGCUUGAUCUGGUCACUA